AAGAUGACCUCACCGAGGCGCUUGCCGGCAUCCAGACACAGGGCACCUUUGCCUCGUUCCACCCUCUGAAGCGCGUGGACCUUGACCUCGCCGUCCAUGAUGUCGGACCCGUUACCCUGCCGCUGCCGGAGCCGACGGUGCGGCAACUGAUCGAAAAAGCCACUCGUGCUCCGUUUGGUAAGGGUAGUGAGACCAUUGUCGACACUGCUGCACGCAACACGUGGAAGCUGAAUCCCUCGCAGUUCGAGCUCCGGAGUCCGCGCUGGCCGGCGGACUUGCAAAAGAUAUGUGCUGUCGUAGCAAAGGAUUUGGGCGUCACGUCGCAUGUGACGGCGGAGCUGUAUAAGCUUUUGAUUUACGAAAAGGGGGCCGUAUCCAAGGCUCAUACCGAGUAAGUCAGUCUUUAGUGUGUUGUCCUUUAUGGUGCGUGAAGAUGAAUUAGAUGGCUGAGACUACACGGGUUAUCAGCACUGAGAAAUACCCCGGCAUGUUCGGCACGCUCGUCAUCUGCCUUCCCUGCAGCCACGGGGGAGGCGACGUAGUCGUCAAGCACUGCGGCGAGACGAAGACGUUCCAGACCUCGGGAGUCGACCAGUCCUUUGCGUGCUGGUACUCGGACGUCCACCACGAGGUCCUGCCCGUCACGGAGGGCUACCGCGUGGUACUCACUUACAACCUCACCAUCGAUUCGGCGGCGACGGCCUCACAGCAGCGGCCCUCUGCGACGCUGCGGAGGCAAGAGACCGGGGCGCUGAGGCACACGCUCCGGCGGUGGCUGGAGAAACCCGAGCAAGGCGGUGUCGAUCACGUCUACUACGGCCUGGCUUACGAGUACACCGAGCCCGGCAUCUCGAUGAAGGCGCUCAAGGGGCGCGACGCGGCUGUCGUGCAGACGCUGCAGGAGCUCUCUGCGGGGCUCGAGUUUGACGUGCUCCUGGCGCUGACGGAGAAGAUGGAGAUGGGCCCGGCAGUGUACGAGGGCAGUUCGCGGUAUUCGGAAAAUAGACGGAGCCGGCGUGGGAAGCGGAAGCGGCUGGCUGAUCGUUUUAAUGAUUUUGAUGGAAUGGAUGGAUACGAUUCGUGCGGUGUGCCGUAUGAGGAUUAUGCAUCCAGCUCGGACGGGUUCGAGGAAGAUCCAAAUGAGGCGGGCAUGUCUCAUGACAUUGAGGAUGUGACGGACGAGUCGUUGUCUGUCAAGGUGCUUGUGGACUUGAGCGGGCGCCCGAUACUCCGUGAUAUCGCGUUGGAUUGGAAGAAUGUGCUUGAUGCUAGCGAGUUCUUUGAAGGCGUUGAACGAAAGGAAGAGUAUGAGGAAUACCACAGCUGGGGACCAACAGUUAGCCACCGGUAUUGCGUAACAGCCGCGCUCAUCAUUCGCCGAGACAGGAUCCCUUCAUUCCUCAAAGCCAGUACAAGGUCGGGACGGGAUCACUACCAGGACAGCGCUGUACUGGUCGAUUAUCUCACAGAUUCGAUCCUCAAGGCCUCGUCGAACAGCAAGUCGUCAUUUGAGACACUUAAAGACGUAUGGGAUACGUCGGUCCCUCGUCCAGGCAGGCGCACCCAAAAGGCUGAAGACGAGAUCCUGUGCAAAGUGUUGCGAUCUGCUUUGGCUAUGAAGGAUUGGGACUUUUUCGAGAAAGUCAGCAAGAAAAAGGCUGAAAAGGGGCUGGACGGGCCACUGCCCGCGGGCUACUAUCAAUUACUUCACGCAGAGGUCUCGCAGGGCAAAGCGGACUUCUCUCAGAUCAAAAACGGCUUGACUUUCACAGUAUCCAGGGGUCGGUAUUUCUUCGAGAUCUUCGAGGCGGUUGAGGCCUUUGUCCCAACCGAUCAGCCCCUGUCUGACGAGAUUCGGGAGUGGGCACGAGCAACGCUCACCAAAGGCCUCAAGGACAUUGCCGAUACCGCGAUCUUCGUCCGUCAAGAUGGACUGGCUUUAGUGACGAGCGCUGAGAAGUAUGCUGACUUUGGUUGGCUUUCCUCUGAGGCGAUGCCCUUGAUCGAGGAGCUACUUGUACGGACGCCCGCUUUUGCACUAGAGGUCCUAUCAGCACUGCUCUCAUGCGCUAGACGAAAGGCCUUUCCGGUGACUCUGGCCGUCAACUUGUACAAGAAGCUCGCCAAAGACCUCAUCUCUAUGCUCGAUCUCGAAAGGGUCCACGGGCCCAGGGAAGACGACCCAACCCAUAAGGCGGCGAGGUUCACAUACGGCCAGACGGCGCCGUCCCCCCCCGACCACCGCCUCGCCUUGAAUCACGUCGCCCUGGCAGACCUCUUUUCCGGCCUCACCAAGCUGGCAUCCUCCCCUCCGCAAGAAGACCUAGUCCUGCCACUGGCUCUCAAAAUCGUCAGCCACGCCCCCAACAUGCACGCCCUUGACUUCCCCGUCCUCUGGAUCCCGCUCCUGCACGAACUCUUCGCCGUCCUGGAAGCCACCAAGACGCCGCUCGACACCCCGCGCUACCAGCAACUCUUCGCCGCCGUCCUCGAAGCCUACCGCGAUAACUACGUCGGCUCGAGACCCGUCCGCCCGUCGUCCGGUCAGCUGGGGAGCGGCAUGUACCUCGUGCAAUUCUGCACCUGCGGCGAUUGCAGCAAACUGGACAACUUCCUCGCGAACCCGGCGCAGACGUCACUCCGCCUGAUCAUUGGCGCCAAGAAGCAGCGACACCACAUGCACAGGGUGAUCGAGGAGCACGACAUCCGGGUCACGCAUGAGACUGAGCGGUUUGCGCCUGGAGGCCCCACGAUGGUUAUUAACAAGGUGGGGCAGACGGAUGUUGCGAAGCAGCAGGUGAGGGCCAAGGAGGCAGAGGAAGCCUUCAAGGCUUUUGAUCAGACCAAGUUGGGUGUAUUGCUGGGUGAGGAUUAUCCUGCUAUUGCGACAGCAUUGUGGCAGCGGCCGGUGAAUCUUGUGCCAGGGCGGGGCGGUGUAACGUAUCCGCCGGCACCGAUCCCAGCUCCGGCACAAAUGUCAGCCCCGGCUCCGGUUGCGGCACCAGCUGCAGCUUACGUUCCUGCUCCGGUUCCAGCUCCAGGGGCCGCUGCGGCAGGUUAUGUACCGCCGGGACAUACCAUUGUGCCGGCAGUUGGGCCCGCGUGGGUUCCGCCGCCCACGGACAGACAUCAGCCGAUGACUGGGUCUGCCUGCGGCCCGCCGCCGUCACAUUACAAUAGGCCAAUAGCCGGACCAUCGUCCGUUCCUCCGCCUAUGAGCGGCGCUCAACCGAUGAAUGGUCCCCAGCCGAUGAACGGGCCGGCACGGGUGACUGCAGGAGUACGAGCAACAACCAGGGCUUUUGCGCCGACGACGGGCAAUGCGGGAUCGCCGUCGCGAUCACCGCCCUCGGGUCUGAACGGGAUGGGCCUGGUUGCGGCUUCUGGGCCAAGUCGGCCUCCGCCACCUAUUGCUGGGACGAAACGAAAAGCAGGGCCAGAGAUUAUUGAUUUAACUUAG